AUGACCGAGGGCUUCAUGUCGGAAGUCUGCUUGCACCUCCCUCUUGCAUUUCCGUCCGCCAGUCUGGCCCUUCACCUUCUCUCCACCGCGUCAAUCUGUCUUGUCUUGCACACUUUCCCUCUUUUGGCCAGACACUAUGUUCACGUCUGGUCUCGGCGUCACUAUCGCCUGAGGUGGCUUUCCCACCCGCCACAGGCUCCACCGAUCGCUACCCCACUCCAUCCGCCAAUCACUCGUCUCCCGGUUGGCCCCGACGCCCGACUCCCUACUCCCAACUCCCGACUCCAGGCUCCAGUCGUCUCUAGUCUCCGGUCAUGGCAACGGAGCACUGAUAGGAGCACGAAACGGUUGUCCAGGCGUAAGCCAGACGACAAAGCAACAAUUGAGGUCGGCCAAGUGUGUGAUUACGCCACACGUCGAGACCGCCCAGUUCAACUCUGUCUCUACUCCUCACUUCUCUUCCCGGUCAGGUGGAGAUCUGAUUAUUUUUCGUCUGCCUGCUUCCGAUUGUUCCGUUUCCCUUGGCCUACUUUCCGUUGCGUGUCAGACGUACACCGCAGAAACAUUAAUUUCUGUAUCAACAUUUGCGAAUUGGCCAGUUCGAGCGUAGAAAGAGCCCAAAACCUCGGCGCUUCUUCCCCUCCUCUCCUCCCUUUUACCGUCAGUGUAGAAGGCCAACACCAAGCCCUCUGGAGCCAGCAAUCUCUCCUCCAUCCCACUGGCUUGUGCACGCCAGGGGUCGUCACAGUCUUUGAACUCGCCGCCAUCUCUCCAGUCGUCGGUAUCCGAUUUGCCAACCAGCUUCGUCUGUUACGACCCAGGCAGCAGCAGCAGCAGCAGCAGAUGCAUUUCGUCAGAUGCACUUCAAAAGAAGCGAUUCAUGGCCUUACUCAUCGGCCCGACGCAGUCGAGUUUAUUUAG